UUAUAUUGAUAGGAGCGUUUCUUUAUGCCUCCUUUUGUCCAAUCAGAUGAGUCUUUAUUCAAGGUCACGCGCAUGCUCAGUCGCCUUGGGUUCAUGUGUUUCUUACGCAGGCUCCGGUGGUGGAGGUCAUAGUGAUCCAAUAUCGCAGUGGGACUGUCAUAUUGUUGCCAUGGCGAAACUCUUUGAGUCCAUUGGAAAGUUGGGAUUGGCCUUGGCCAUUGGAGGAGGUGUCGUUAACUCUGCUUUAUUUAAUGUUGAUGCGGGCCACAGAGCGGUCAUCUUCGACCGUUUUCGCGGUGUCCAGGAUGUUGUUGUUGGGGAAGGCACACAUUUUCUUAUACCAUGGGUUCAGAAGCCAAUCAUCUUUGACUGCAGGUCCCGUCCACGCAAUGUGCCAGUCAUCACUGGUAGCAAAGAUUUACAGAAUGUGAACAUCACCCUCAGGAUUCUGUUUAGGCCACUUGCAACACAGCUGCCACGGAUUUUUACCAGCAUCGGUGAGGACUAUGAUGAAAGAGUUCUUCCUUCCAUCACCACUGAAGUGCUAAAGGCCGUUGUGGCCCGUUUUGAUGCAGGUGAGCUCAUUACUCAGAGAGAGCUGGUGUCCAGACAGGUCAGUGAGGAUCUGACAGAAAGGGCAUCAACCUUUGGCCUCAUCCUAGAUGACGUCUCCCUGACACAUCUGACAUUUGGGAAGGAGUUUACAGAGGCUGUUGAAAUGAAGCAGGUUGCCCAGCAAGAAGCUGAAAGAGCCAGGUUUGUCGUGGAGAAGGCUGAGCAGCAGAAGCAGGCAGCCAUUAUAUCAGCUGCUGGCGAUUCCCAGGCUGCUCUGUUGAUCGCUAAUUCUCUGGCCGAGGCUGGUGAUGGUCUGGUGGAGCUGAGAAAGCUGGAGGCAGCCGAGGACAUCGCCUUCCAGCUCAGCCGCUCUCGCAAUGUUACAUACCUCCCAUCCGGACAGGGAACUCUCCUUCAGUUACCACAGUGAAGGAGCAACUGAAGACACACACACUUCACUUCUGUCCCUAAAUUUGGAAACCGUAAAUUUGGUACCAAUGCACUUCUGUAAUGAGGCUAUAGGCAAACUUUGAGACAAAGAUACCUUGUUUUUUUCUCUUUUAGUCCAAGCAUUUUCUUACUUCCUAAGUAUGUAGUGUGGGCUGUCAAAAGGUGGUUUCAGCAAUUGUUGGAAAGAAAACAAAGUGGACACAAAGUUUGUGUGUAUGUAUAUUUACAAUAUUAAGUCUCAUUGUAAAUUGAAAAGGUUUAAAACCCAUAAGCCAUUUCAGUUCAAUCAAGAAUAUUCAUUGUCAUUAACAGAAAAUGGUCUAAAUCAAAAAAAUGUAAUAGCAAUUACAAAGCUAAUUUAAAGUGUAUAUUCUUGAGCAGUAGGCUGUCUGUGUGUGAUGGUUCUGGAUGUUUAUAUCCGCAAUCGCACUCUUUGCAUCUGAAGGAUCAGCUGUGUUGCUUCUUGGUUUGAAUGUGUUUUGUUAUUGUUUGUGGCAGAAUUGCCCUUGCAUUCCACAAGUGGCAAAUUCAUUAAGUAAUAAUGAAUAAACAAUGAUUCAUUUAUAUUAAA